UUUUUUUUUCUAAGUUUCACCAUUUUCUAUCAUUAUUGAGGUUCAGGCCGUCGAUGAAUCUGUUGAGUACGCUGCCGUUCCAUACGAGGAUAAAAGUAGCUUGAAGAAGUUUCUAUCAGAGAAUGAGUUCUGUCUGACAGGCCCGGCAUUCGCUUUCUUGUUAGAAAAUAACCGUGACUUCUUGGACAAGCUCAUAACACAUGUGCGAGUGUUUGCUAGAAUGGCUCCGAAACAAAAGGAGCGGGUGAUCAAUGAGUACAAGUCACUCGGCUACAUCACCCUCAUGUGCGGUGACGGAACCAACGAUGUCGGUGCUCUUAAGCACUCUAACGUUGGCGUUGCACUGCUAUCACAUCCUUACGAUGCAACCAAAGCAGACCAGAAAGAAAAGGAAAAGAAGGAGAAAAUUGAAGAGGCUCGCCGACUGAUGCAUAUCAACAAUGCUCCUCCCGGGAUACCAAGCUCUGCUGUUCGACGAGGAGAUGCACCGGUUGGUGCUAGAAUGAGGAAUACUCAUCCUUCGCUGGCUCACACCCAAAAUAAACUAGAGAAACUGAUGAAAGAGCUAGAGGAGGAAGAAAGAGCGACUGUCACUAGACUAGGAGAUGCAUCUAUUGCAGCGCCGUUCACUUCCAAGUACACAAGCAUCGCAUCCAUUUGCCACGUGAUCAAGCAAGGAAGAUGCACAUUGGUGACCACGCUGCAAAUGUUCAAGAUUUUGGCAUUGAAUGCUCUUCCUCUCAAAACAUUGUCCAAGCAGCGCCCAAUGUCGAACAUAUUCAAUGCUUAUACUCUUCUGACUGUUACCGGGCAGUUCAUUGUGCACUUUGGUUGUCUACUCUAUGUGGUGAAAUGCGCUCACGCGGCGUCACCAAGGUAA